AGGCUGUAUGAAGAUGUAUAAAAAAGAACUCCUAGGUGAAUAGUAGUCCAAACUUAUCUCUUUGCGACUCUUCAGACAUCUAGGUGUGCCUCUAUCCAAGAGAAAGAUGACUGGCUUCAGUCUCCUAAGCUGCUAUCCAUCUUCUGGACUGCAAAACAUCUAUAGACCACAAAGCAUCUGUUACCCAGGCUACUAUAAUCCAUGCAGCUAUGGUUACCUCACCAGUAAUGGCUCUAGUAACUCUCAAACCAGCUGCUACACACCCCUCUGUUACAGCUUCCUUUCCGGCUGUGGUGAAAGCUGCUAUAAGCCAUGUGGUUAUGGUUACAGCUCCAGUUACGGUAGCGGGAGCUGCUAUGAACCGCAUGGUUAUGGUUACAGCUCCAGUUACGGUAGCGGGAGCUGCUAUGAACCGCAUGGUUAUGGUUACAGCUCCAGUUACGGUAGCGGGAGCUGCUAUGAACCGCAUGGUUAUGGUUACAGCUCCAGUUACGGUAGCGGGAGCUGCUAUGAACCGCAUGGUUAUGGUUACAGCUCCAGUUACGGUAGCGGGAGCUGCUAUGAACCGCAUGGUUAUGAUUACAGCUCCAGUUACGGUAGCGGGAGCUGCUAUGAACCGCGUGGAUAUAGUUCCCAAUCCAGUUAUGGAAGAAACUGCUCUGGACCAUGCAGUUAUGGUUACCUCUCUGGCUCUGGAAGAAGCUGCUAUGAACCAAGUGUCUGUAGCUCUCCCUCCGGUGAUGGCGGAAGCUGCUCUGAACCACAUGGUUAUCGUUACAUUUCCGAUGAUGCUGGAACCUGCUACAGACCACGUGGCUAUCGUUAUCUUUCUCGUUACAGCGGAAGAUGCUAUGAACCGAGAGGCCAUAAUUCCCCUUCUGGUUAUGACAAAAGCUGCUAUGGAUCACGUGGUUAUGGUUACCUUUCAAGUCAAGAUGGCAGCUGUGACAAUCCAUGUGGAUAUAGUUCCCCCUCCAGUUAUGGCAAAAGCUGCUAUGACCCUUGUGGUAAUGGUUACAUGUCCAGUAAUGGUGGUAGUUGCUAUGACCCGUGCAGCGACAGCUGUGCUCCCAGCUGUCGCCAGCCACGCUAUUCAUACCGACGCCGUUAUAGUUGCCGACCCCUUUCCAGUGAUCCAUGUAGCUAUGACUCUGGGUCAUCAGACCCUUCAAGUCACAGGAGGAACCAGAAAGAGCGUUCUAGCAGUUGUGGGCCCUGUUAAACUCAAAAUAAAAUAUCCAGGGAGAGCAGGAAUAUUCAAUAUGUUUGAAUGCAUUGCUGAGCUUAGUAAAUAUUGUUUUCUGAGAAAUGUUGAUUCCCUUACGAAAACCCCGACACACCAUCUGUUUCCCCCUCCUCUGCCUUCCAUAUCUGAUUUUUUUUAGUCACAUCUCUCUGUUGCAUCAGUAGUUGUUGAUUUCAAUGUCCUUGGUCUCAAUAAAGCUUGCUGUCCGUCACAUUA